AGCAUGUCAAUAAAUAUCUUUAGAUUGUAGGUUAUGCUGUCGAUGUAGUAUGGAUUGUUUGUAACAUUUAAAUAUGAUAUUGGAACGUAAUGUAAGGAAGUUUUGUUAGUUACAGUUGACUAUAGCAAGUGAUCACAUCAAUUGAUAUUUACGUGCAAGGAAUAAUCAUUCUGCACAACAUGGAUGAUCAAGCGUGUCCACGGUGUAAAACCACCAAAUAUCGAAAUCCAUCAUUGAAAAUGCUAGUGAACGUUUGUGGCCACACAUUAUGUGAAAACUGUGUAGAUUUACUUUUUUUGAAAGGCUCUGGAUCCUGUCCAGAAUGCAAAAUUCCAUUGAGAAGAACAAACUUUCGAGUUCAGAUGUUCGAAGAUCCUAUGGUUGAGAAGGAAGUGAAUAUAAGGAAACGUAUUCUGCGAGAUUUUAAUAAAAGAGAAGAAGAUUUUGCUACAUUAAGAGAAUACAAUGAUUACUUAGAGGAAAUCGAGACUAUAAUAUAUAAUUUGGCAAAUAACAUUGAUGUGGUUGAAACAAACAAAAGGAUAGAGCAAUACAAAAGGGAUAACAAAGAGCAAAUAGCGAAAAGUAAAUCUAAACUUGGCAGAAGUGAGUAUGAAUUAGAGGAGAUGAUAGAAUUAGAGAGGCAAAAGGAGGAAGAAAGGAGAAUAGAACUUGUAAGAGAAGACGCAGAAGCAAAGAAGAAGAAAAUUCGUGAGAAAGAAGCAUUGAUAGACGAGCUAACAUUCUCGGACGCGAAUGCUAAGAAUAUUGUGGAAUCAUUCGCUUCUGCAAUACAGAUGCAGAAGAAAGAAGUAAAAGCCUCUCUUCCUGCUGCUAGAGUUACUCAGUUUAGCACGGGUAUUAAAUUUGGUAAUCAGGGAAAUCAGAACUAUUUACCAAUGCCAAAGAUAGAAGAAGGUCCUCUCUAUUCUUAUACGCCUAUUUGGCAACAAAUAGAAGGACCAACACCGCCUGGCUGGCGAGAACUUCAAUCUCGUGGAUAUGUUUCACAUAUACGUAACGAGUCUCAGGCUGAAAGAGCGGGAGGAUUCAAGGCACAUGUAGCAUGUCUACGAGCAUUGCAGGAAGCGAUGGCUGGCUUGUAUCAUAAUCCUUCGCAACGACAGACAGAAUUCACAACUGUAUGACCACAUGAAUUAUUUUUAAACAAAUGUGAUAAUAUCUCUGGUUGUCUCAAUUGUGUGUUUAAUAAUAUUAAAUAUUAAUUUAACAAGUCAUUAAUUAAAGGAUUAUUACUUUUGUUUAUCACAUAAAAUAUGUCAGUCCGGAGCUUGUCAAGUGAUAACCAAAGUACUUCUAAUAUUCGAGAUAAUUUUCUGGCACAUUAAACUAAAUAUGUGGUCUAAAAUAAUGUUAUUAUAUAUCAAUUAAAAUAAAUUUUAUAUCGUAAAAUUUGAAAUGAUUUACAUUCCUUUGCGACCAGAAAUAUUGUCUUUCUUAAUAAAAAUGUAUUUAUUAUGUUGAGCACAAUGCAAAAUUAACAACGAUGAUGUCAAAAAAUUAAAUGA